GCUGAACAGACGUCUCAUCGUGUCGGUUUUUCAGCUCUCAGUCAUGAAGAGGUGUGGACUGAUCCUCCUGCUGCUCUCAGGUUACGUGAUGGUCUGCCAUCUUCAGUCUGAUCAGUUAGUCAGACAGCUCCACCUCGUUGACCUGCAGAAGUCCUGGAACGAUGCUCAGCAAUACUGCAGAGAUGAGUACAUUGACCUCGCCAUUGUUAACAGCUCAGCUCUCAUCCAGGAAGCCCAGAAAAGGGCGGGGAGCACAGAGGCAUGGAUUGGACUCUCCAAGAGCGACUGGAAAUGGUCUCAAACUGGUCCGGUUCAGUCAUCCUGGUUUAAUUUCUGGUCCUUGGGACAGCCAGGGACUGGAGAGUGUGUUAUAACAUCUAAACUUGGAUCAUGGUCCACAAAACCAUGCUCAGCUACUUAUUACUUUGUCUGCUAUGACGCUGUGACUAACAAAUACAUCCUGGUGCAGAACUUCAAGACCUGGUCUAAUGCUCAGUCUUACUGCAGACAGAGGUACACAGACCUGAGCACCAUCAACGACUGGUCGGACAACAACCAGAUAGCUUUCAUUUUGCCAACUACUGUUCAUGCCUGGAUUGGACUGUACAGAAAUUACUGGACGUGGUCAAACUCAAGCACAGCCUCCAACCUGCCAUGGGGGCUCAGGCAGCCUAAUAACAGCGUAAACUGUGCCACAAUAGUUGGAUCAACGGGCUCCUUCAACAGUCAUAACUGUGAUGACCAACGCCCCUUCCUCUGCUCCACAGAUGUCAAACCUUCAGCCUCGAGGUCAGUGAAGGUUCAGCUGAGGGCGGGAUCUGCAGACCUGAACGACCCCACAGUGCAAGAAUCCAUCCUGCAGCAGGUGAGGGAGAAGCUGGUGGAGCAAGGGAUCAGAGAGGAGGUGAACCUGAGGUGGAAGACGCAGCCUGAUGGGAAGAUUUUCCACAGAGAGGAGGAGACAGCCGGUUACUGUGAGAAGGAAGACUGUGGGUCGGUUUAGUCUGAACGUUACUGGCUGAUGUUCCUCAGAUGAUCUGUUGUGUAAUUCAACUUAUUUCCAUCUCUGUACUCUGACUGCUGGACUGUAAUAGCGUAGCUUUGAAUGACUGACAGUUGGAAAUAAUCCUUAUUUAUCCUAAGCUCAGAUCAAAGAGUGUCUGAUGAGCUGUUUUAUGCCUCUUUGUUUCUUCUGAUUGGUGGGCUGCAAAGUUUGCAGGUGAGCAGGUGAGCGGACCUUCUGUGUCUCAGAUAUAAAUGUUAAUGAUAUCCUGUCUCUACAUAUGAAAGUUCAAGAGGAGAAAAAAGUGAAAUUGAGUGUUCAGAGCAGUCUGAUGUCUGAGCUUUUUGACUUCAUACAUUAUAUUUCAAAUGAGCACCCAGCAAUAUAACAGUAGAUAUGCCGUAUAUGUCAGUGAAUCGCGCAUUUAUGCUCUCUAUUAUGAUAUUAAAUAUACAUUUUUCUGUAAAAGUCUCAGAAAUGUCUCUGCUGCUGUUUGAUUCUGUAAACUACAGUGAUGGCUCUGCAUCCAUCUUCAUUGUAAA